AUGGAAGGCUCAACGAAUACAGGCAAGUCGCCGCCACAAGAUGUGUCACAUUACUUUUCGCGGACCACCAACAGAAGAGCGCCCAGCAGGGUCAAAGCAUUUUACAAGUACUUUCAGAUCCCCGGCAUACAGAACCUAGCUGGAGGCAUGCCGUUUUCCUCCUACUUCCCAUUCGACACCCUUGAAGCAGGAGUGGCUCUACCUAACCGGUUCAAACCCACUCCCAACGACCCAGUCGAUCCUCCGAAUGCCAGGGCUCACAAGAAAGGUCCAGAAGCUGCGCACUUGCUUGUACCUCACGACUCUGCUGAGAAAGACGUCCUACAUAAGAUUGAUCUGUCGACGGCACUGCAGUAUGGCACCGCGCAAGGAUAUCCAUCUCUGUACAGCUUUGUCCGAGGUUUCGUGCAGAUCAACAUGCACCCGAACAUUCCCUAUGAGGGCGGCGCGGAAGUGAUCUUGACGUGUGGCUCGACCGAUGGCUUCAGCAAGAUUCUGGAAUGUUUCACGAAUAUCUGGGACGAAGAACGGGACUGGAUCAGAGAUCGUGAAGGAGUGUUAUGCGAAGAGUUUGCUUACAUGAAUGCCAUUCAGACUGCAGCUCCGCGGGGCCUCAACGUCGUGACUGUCAAGAUCGACGACGAGGGCAUGCUUGCACACGGACCAGGUGGUCUGGCUGACGUCCUGGACAACUGGGACGUCUAUCGCGGCAAGCGUCCCCAUAUCAUCUACACAGUCACAAUGGGCCAAAAUCCUACAUCAGGCUUACUUUCUGUGAAGCGACGGAAGGAGAUCUAUGCGAUCUGUCAGAAGUACGAUGUACUCAUAGCCGAGGAUGAUCCAUACUGGUUCCUGCAAUUUCCCUCUGCCAACGAGCUUUCUCUCAAAGCAAGAGGUCAUGCUGUCUCGGAAAAUCACCCUCUGGAGCCGUACAACUACAACACUGCCAGCGGCGGCAAAUCAUCCGGUUAUGAGUUCCUCGACUCGCUCGUGCCGUCAUACCUAUCGAUAGAUGUCGAUGGCCGGGUCAUCCGCAUGGACACUUUCUCGAAGUGUGUAGCCCCUGGAGCCCGUCUGGGGUGGUUGACAGCCCAGCCCAAGGUGGUCGAGACCAUUCAGCGCAUCACAGAGACAUCUACCCAACAGCCGUCAGGGUUUGUUCAAUCCGUGAUUGCGGAACUGCUUGCAGGACCCUCAGACACCGCGGAUGAUCCUGGAAAAGGUGGCUCAAAGGAUGGAUCUGGAUGGAAAGUUGAUGGCUGGGUGCGUUGGCUAGAAGGCCUUCGAGGCAACUACGAGCGACGGAUGCAGACGAUGGCUUCUGCGUUGGAGGAGGGGCGCUACCUCGUCCGACAAUCAACGAAUUCUGAAGGGUUCGAGGAGGUGUCCAAGACACAGAUCUAUGAUUUCAACUACCCCAUGGCCGGCAUGUUCCUUUGGCUUCGCUGCCAUUUCGAUACGCAUCCACUAUACACGGAGCCUCAUCUAGUGGGAGCACAUAACUUUACCGGGCCGGAUCUGAGUCGCGCCUUCUGGCUUUUCCAGACGAAGCCAAAGUACAGAGUUCUUGCUGCGCCAGGACAGAUGUUUGCGCCUUCACCAGCCGUCAGCGAGGAGAGCGCGUGGCAGUACUUCAGACUUUGCUUUGCAGCAGUUGACGAAGCUAUCGUGAAGUCGAGUUCAGAAAACUUCGUGGAGUCUGCUCGUGAUUUCUGGAAGCUAGACGCGAAGCAGGUCCAGGAAUUGCUUGAUGAGCUGGCAGCUCCAGCGCCGCCAAGCGAGGCCGAGGCUAUGGCGAUGUCACAGGCGCAGUACGCGAUCAAUCCAACUCUUUGCUGA